GCGGAACUUUAGUUUCAGGGGGGCUCAUUACAUCGUUGCACAAUAUGUCGUCUCUCUGACAGCCAGACCGACAGCCUUGUUUUAAGAAAUAAAUCCAUGGUUUUAAGCGAUGUGUGAUGCAGCCGAGACGGACCUGUAUGCUGUCCUGGGAGCCAGCCCCUCAGACUCGCUCCAGCAGCUCCGACACAGGUACCAGCAGCUGGCCUUGCAGUACCACCCAGACCGUCUCGGAGGCCAGUGUUCUUCAGAAGCAGAGUCCGGUGUGAAGAAGUUCCUAGAAGUGGAUGCGGCCUGGAGGAUCCUCGGUGACCAGAACAACAGGAAACAGUAUGACCUGCAGAGGAGAGCGCAGGAACUGAAACAGGAUUGGCCGGUGGAUUCUACAGUCUAUCUGGAGGACAUGACCUGGGACCAGGAUGGGUGUGUGUAUACAUACAGCUGUCGCUGUGGCGGAGGAUUCAACGUCUCCUCCGCUGAGGUGGAGGAGGAGACACAGAUGAAGAUCACAGAUCAGGAUGAUGAAGAGGAGGAAACAUGCAGAGGAGUGGUUGUUUGCUGUGAUACGUGUUCGCUCAGUGUGUGCGUCACGUGGUCCUUACAUAGACAGACUCAAACUUUAAGGUGCCAACAAUAAUUAGACUUAUUUGGAAAACUUUCACCUUUUGAAAAUGAAAAUAAUACCACCCAAAAAAGUUUUACUUACUCAAAUGUAAGAAUUUAAAAAAACAUUCUAAAUUUGGUGCAAAAUGUAAAAAAUGUUUGGUAUGUGUUUUAAAAUGAUACAUGUUUUUUAUGUGUAUUUCUUAUCUUGCAAUACAAAUAUAUAAUAUAUAUAGGAACUUUUUAAAGUUGAAUGAGGGGUCGGAAAAAUAACCAGCCUCGGCUUCAUCCCGCUCCUUUUUGGACAGAUUGAACAUAUUAUUUGUAACACUUCAUAGAUAUUGUUUUUCCUUUUGGUGUGUUGCUACGCACUUAUUGUGUUUUUUAUUUUAUUUCUUAUUUAUUUUUUGUUCAAAUAUAAAUAAAGAAAGAAAUUAAGUAGCCCAUACUAGAUUAUUUUAAGUGAUUUUCCUGAUCAAUUACAUUUUACUCUGCACUUUGUUUUCAGUACAAAUAAAGUCAAGUUUAGCUAACAAUUUUAUAACCUUUAAUAUAAAAAAUCACAUUCUCUGUACAAAACUGUUCACUUUGUCUACUUAACUGUUUAAGUUCAAUGAAGCUGAACACUCCUUAAUAUAUAUAAUAUCCCUCCUGUUGUCUUUGGGUCAAAUCUGACCCGUUUUCAA